UUACCAUUUAGUACCAAUAAGUCCAGUUUUUGACGCGCUUGACUUUGGUAUAAAAUACAUUUGUAAUAUCAUUGAUACUCUGAGUUGUAGAGGGGAAGGUAAAGGUUAUGUGACACCCUGUACAUUGGUCACAAACUUUACCACACUAAUGGAAUUAAAAGAUAAGAAUUGAUUCUUCUUUUGCAAAUCUUUUUUUUCGAACAAAAAUCAACUUCUAUUACUUCGGUAGGACUUGAUAAAUCAUUUUUGACCAUGGUCAUGUUCUUUCGAAAAAACAUUUUAUUCUUUAUCAAUUUUCUAGAUUCGAAACUGAGAACAAUUUAUUUUAAGACUUGAGGCUACUCUGUUGAUAUUGACAAAAAAAGAAAAACAUUUAUGACUAAUCCGUCUGAAAUUUCUUCAAUAUUAUUUUAGUUAUCAAAUAUUGUUUAUCAUGAUGAUGUACGGUUAGAACGUUUAAUGAAUAUCUCUGGUUAUUUACGUGAUAUUGGCUCUCCAACUGAACCAGAUAUUGAAUCAAUGAAAAAGAAUAUUGGAAUAUACAUGACGCAUCUUGUCUAUUUUUCUUCAUAUAUUUCUACAAUAUCGACAUUAGCAAAAUUUUUUAAUUCAUCUUUGAAACUUGUCGAUUCUAAACAGCGUUUAUUUAAUUCAAGUAAUGGUUUUGAUGAACCAUUAUCAUCAUCUUCAUCAUUCUCUAAUGGCUUGACACCACUCCAAUGUGAAUUAUCUGUACAACAACAAACUGAAUCUGAGAAUAAAACACAUUGUUCACCUAAAUUAUCAUUAAAUAAUAAUAAAUCUAAACAACAAACUGAUGUAGCAAAACAAGCUCGUUCCAUAGUACCAACACAUAAUGGUACACAAACUGGAUUAGAAGUACGAUGUGAAGAAACUCAAACUGAUCGAAUGCCUGGACCAGGUUUUAUUCUUGCUGAACAUCAAGAUUAUCUUCGAAGAUAUUCAAUGGAUGAAUUAGCAAAAUUAACACCUGCAGAUCUUGUCGCUGAUGGACUAGAUCAAAAUACAGCUCAAUUACUUUGUGGUGCUUUAGAUGAUUUAAAACCAAUGAGUGUUCAUUUAAGUAGUAGUACUAAAAAUUCUCGAUCGCCAUGUACUUUUGUUCAAAUGCCUUCAUCAUCAUUGUCUCCACCACCAUCAUCACAGCCAACAUCAUUACCACCAUUGUUAGAUGCUGCUUUAAUGACUGUUGUACAACAACAACAACAACCAUCUCGUACGCCGCCACCAGGUUUUGAUCGAAAUCAAUAUGAUCCUAUUUUAAUUAAUUUAGCCGGUGCUCAUCCGUCUCUAUCGUCAAGUUCAAGUCCAAAAUUACCUAAAACAGGAACAACUCAAUCAGGAAAAAAUGGUAUUCCUCCACUUCCACCACCACCAUUGCCGUUGCCACCACCACCAUCAUCAACAUCAAAUUGUCCAUCACAAACUCAACAUCAUGUAUCAUUAUUAACUGCACAUCCAUUUCUAUGUAAUUCAUUUGAGCCAUAUUUAUUUCCACUAACUUUUCCUCCCGGUUUUCCAUCAGCAACGCCUGAUUUUAUGCGAUUAAUUGCUCCAAAUAUGGCAGCUGUAGCCACUAAUCCAACAAAUACUAGUUUUGUACAAACUUCAAAUACUUCACAAGGAUCUGUAUCUAAUUCUCGUUCAACAGCACAAUCCAAUGGUACGAAUACACCACCAGAACAAAAUGGACAAAAUCAUCAUCCAUCUCCACCACCUCAAUCAUCAUCUCGUCAUCAACAACAACAACAGCAACCACCGCAACAGCAACCACAACAACAGCAGCAACAACAACAACCACCACAACAAUCCCAGCAACAUCAUCAACAACAAUCACAUCAUCGUCAUAGACAAUAUUAUCAAUCUGAUCCUUUACAAUUUCAACAACAAAAUGGAUUUCAUGCUCAACAACGACAAACACAAACAUCUUAUCCUCAACAACAACAUAUAAAACCAAAAGCAUGUUAUACGUGUGGCGAUCUUGGACAUCUUGCAUUUGCCUGUCCUGAACAGUAUUCAUCUGAUGCAACUUAUCCGCAUAAUACUAGAGAUGGUUAUAAACUUGAUUAUCGGCCACGACAGAGUACACCAACUAAUAUUCAACAGCAACAAAGGCAAAUGCGUUCGAACUCAAAUUCAAAAACGAAAGUUCGCGAUAAUAGUUAA